UUUUAGUUGAACGCUGACGUGACAGACAAUUUAUUCUUUUUUUCGUUCGUUCAGCAAAAUCAUAAACGGAUUUUCAUCGGGGAAAAAUUUCUUUUUUUAAAUUCAAAAAAUUAGGAAAAAAUGUUUGAAGAUUAUACCAAAUCACUUUAUAUGGAUUUUGAUGGACAACAUCGUGCUGAAAGUUAUUUCGAACGAAUUGUCAUUCUAUCCAGUAUUAUCGGAUUAAUAGUUGGCUAUGCAUAUCAACAAAUUUCCUUAUCAAUCAUUAUAUUAGGUGUUGGUUUUGUAAUAUCUUCAUUGUUAACCAUACCACCAUGGCCAAUGUAUCGUCGUUCACCAUUAAAAUGGCAAAAACAUGAUCCAACAAUGUUUGAAGAUUAUCAGGCCAUUUCAGGUGAUGAAUGUCAUCAUCAUCAUCAUCAACAACAAAAUGAACCACAACCAUCAGGAUCGGGACAACAACAAUCGAAAAAAAAUACAAAAAAUAAAAACAAUUAACAAUUUGGGUCGACUAAACAAUAUAAUAAUAAUAAUGGAGGCACAAUUUAUUGAUUGAUUUUAAUGAAAAGGUUUAUUAUAUCUUGCUGAUGCUUGAAGAGAAAAGAAAAAGAGAA